AUGCCUGGUACUAAGAAAGGGUCAGAAAAAAGUAAAUCUGAAAGAAAUGAAACGGUUGAAAUAACAGAUGACUUGACAAUAGGGUCAUUAAAAGCUGAUCUACUUGAAAUUAAAGAAUGCUUGCAACAAACGGUGAAAACGUGCGAUUUAGAAUCAAUGGUGACUAAUAUAGUGAAGGGACUUCUGAAGAUUCAUGAAGCAAAUGCAGAAAAAAGAGAAACGCUGUUAAAUAAAAGAAUCGAUAACCUGACAAAAGACGUCGAUAGAUUAACAAUGGAAAACGAAACUCUAAAAGAAAAACUGUCGGAAACUAACAAAAACAAUAGAGAACUGAAAAAGGAAAUGGAUCAGCUGAACGAUCUUGCUACUUUUGCCACAGUGAAAGCUAACUAUAAUGAACAAUACAGCAGAAAAAACAAUAUUAAAGUUUACGGUGUCCAGGAAACAGAAGACGAGGAUAUUAUAGAGGUCGUGAAAUCUGUAUUGAAGGAGAAAGGGGAUGUAGAGGUUAACGAAUGUGACAUUGUGGCAUGCCACAGGAUACCUGGAUCCAAGGGUAAAGGACCAAAACCCAUUCUCAUGAAAAUGACAAAUAACGACAAAAAGGCCCAUAUAAUGCGAAAGCGGUCAAAAGUGAAGGCAGCCCCCGGUAACAUUCGACUAGGCGAUGACGUUACCAAGGAGAACGGCGAGUUGAUCGCGCGCCUGUUGGACUGUGAGGGUGUUUCAUCGGCAUGGUACUUCAAUGGGUCGGUUUACGGAGAGGUGAAGAAAAAACGAGUGAAGUUUGACAUUCUUGAUGAUAUUGCACACAAGGUAAAUAAGAUCCGGGACUAA